CAUCAUCCUCCGUAAUUUGUGUCGAAUAUUUUCUUUCAUCAAUACACGAUGGCGACAGUCACAUUCGAUGCUAGAUUUGUGUUGGUUUUAUUGUUCGACAAUCAUCAUAUUAGCAGGCCGUACAGGCGCUAUUCGUCACAUGCACCGAUACUCGAAUGUUCGAGAACACCGAAGUCUUCAAGCUAUACCCCGAAGCCAUACCAUUCUCGAGCUAGGCAGUCAUCUGUACAGCGCGGCCUUGCAAUAUUUCCUCCACGGCACUCCAGGACUCGUGAUCCAUACACGAAGGCAACUCGAAGUGGUCGACAUGGUCAGAAACUAGGGGCUUCUCCAGUACGGCGAGGGCAAAGCCAGCGGACAAAGAAGCUGAAUGGGAGGAGUUGCGGUCAGAUCACGAUAUGAGUCUGAGCUGGAUAACCACCGCCCCCAGGAGGAAAAUCAAGAAAAGGGGAUAUAGGGCUUUCAAUAGUGGCGUUGCGUUAACUACAGCAUAUUGUCAAGGGCUGUACCGUUGUGCUUGGGAUGCACUGUUACAUUUGAAGUGAAGUGGCAGCCAAUAGGAAGUAAUUCCAUUGCAGCUUGGCGAUCUGCUGAAAGACGUCCAUUGGGAAAGGGAUCCAUCAUUUUAUAGAGCAGGCUUCUUCAUUGAAGAGUUCACAGUGAAAUAGACAAUUCUAUUCAGAAA